GGGAGAGGACAGCGGCUGAGAGAGGGCGGGGAGGACGGCGGUCCAGGAGCAAGGGUAGCGGGGGAGGGUCGGGGCUUCGAAUCGGGGGUUGCUUUCAGAGGAGCACGCAGUGCUCUCUCGUCUCGCGAGCCGGGAGAACGGGAGAGAACGUGCGUGCCGGGCCGCGGAAAGAGGGUAGCUCUCUCGGUUCCUCUCGGAACGCUCCCACCCUCCGCGACUGCCGUUCGCUCGUUCCCGCCAAAAGAGCGCGAGGGACUCCUUCUUCUCCUCCUCCUCUUUCUCCCCCCCCCUAUUUGCCGCCCCUCCCAGCCCGCUCUUCGUGUCCCCCUCCCCCCAGAAGUGAAAUCUGGACGAGGCACUCGGGGAUGAGACGGCAGCCGAUUAACGCGUCGGGAUUUAAGAGCAGGUGGAAGAUCAAGGGUUAACGUUCUCGCGGAGGAGCUGCCUGGCAACGUGAUCCUCGAGACCGAAGGGCGCUCAUCGCCGCUCGGCAGAUGCAGUUCGGCGGGACGCGGCUGCGGCGGAUGCGGAGCUUCCGGUCCGGAUCGAGCGGCGUCGGCUCGAAGGUAGAAUCACUCGCCGAGCAAUCAGGCGUCUCUCUUUCGAAGCCUUGGAGCCGAAAACGAACGAGGCGACGCGAUUCGAAUAGCCCGCGAUCGCGAAGACUUGAUCUGGCUGGCUGAGCGCGGCUGGUCUUGAGUCCCGGGCUAUUCGGUGAGUGCGAAGAGAGGCCGAGAGAGACACACAGCAGGUACAGGUGCAGCGGUAGCGAUGAUCGGAGCCAACCUGCGGUUCGGCAUCGGCGCUUCCGGAAAUGUCACGUCCAACACCACCAAGGUGUUCCAGUGUCAUCCCGGUGGCGUGACCGAGGCCACCGUGAUAUUUAGCCUGGGCGCGCUGGGGAUGGGGGCCAACAUUAUCCUCAUGGCGCUGAUACUGGCGAAGCGACAGCUGCGUAGGUGGUCUCAGGGUCUGUUAUUUCACCAAGCCAUGGUGGACUGCGCGAGGGCCGCUAUAUUGCUACCUCUGGGCUCCAGUAUAUUGAAUUGUCAGCCCGUUAACAAGUGCUCCCUGGUCGAGACUGCCUUCCUGCUGCUGGUGACCGUUUCCACGGUAAAUAUGCUAACGACCGUGCUAAACGACAGCCCGGUGUUUCCGGAGAGCGACGAGGAGGAAGACCUGACGGCACCCCUGCUGAUGGACUCGCCCCAGUGCGUGCUCUUCGGCACCUUCAUGAUCUGGUUCGCCAGCAUAACCAUCAACCUGGGGCCCACGUUCCUCAGCGGGGCCUUGGCAGCGAACACGGAGAGCGGCCACAACGCGCCUAGCUGCCCGCUGGUGCAUGGCCCGUUUCGCCACUACAUUCUCAACGUCCUCUGGAUUAUCAUCAACGUCAUCUGCGUGGCGCUCACGCUUUUCCAUUUGAGAAAGUUGCACCGGGACCUGACGAAGGCUAACGUCGAGGCGGUGCGAGUCGCCGGUCUCGUCGCAACGCUCGUCAACGUGACAGGAGGACACCAGGGUGCGACGAACGCGCUCGGCUCCGAGGACGGCGCGAUCGACGCGAGGAACGGCACGACGCCGAAGAGGACCGGUGCCGUGGAGGAGCACCGGAAGAUGAGGAACUACCUGAGGAGGAUGGAGCGCGAGGGCGUGCAGCGAGUGAAAAUGUUCCUGGUCAUAACGGCGGCGUAUGUCAUAUUCUGGGGACCAUUGUUCUUCGUUACCCUGGUGCACCAUCCUGUCAUAGGCAAUCCUACCGGCUACGAGGUGACCCUGCACAUCGCGUACGUGCACGCCUUCGUGAACCCGACCCUGUUUCUCGCGCUGCACCGGGGCUUGCGGCAGGGCAUGUCGGACGUAUGUUGCGGCUGCUGCGAAAGCAUCGCCCGCUGGAUCCUCGGGUCCGCCGUGGGCAGUCCGAUACAGAACGUCCAACCACCCCGUUACGAGCCGCCGAUGAACCUGCCGUCACCGCCGGACCCACCAUUGGCGGCGCCGGCCGCGCCGCCAGGCUGCAAUCUUACCGACGUGGCGUUGCUGAAGCCGCCCCUGCCACCGACUGCCAAGCAUUUACUGGUGGACGACUCCAUCGCGAUGCCGCCCGACCCAUGGAGCCUGUCCUCGAGGCCGAAGAGCGCUUCCAGCCUCUACAACGAGGAGUUGUCCAGGAGGCCGAGCUUGCUGCUGCCGCCGCCGUCGGAGCUGGACGAUCUCCAGCUGAGCCCGACGAGCAGCGACCUGCCGAGCGAAUGAAGCCCCAGAGCGGACAAUUCGGCCGGACGUUCACCACGUUGACCGCAACUCUUCGCGAACGAUCGGUCGCGCUUACGAUGUAAAGAUAUAAUUUAAAAAAAAAUUAUAGAAAUAGAUUCCUCUUGCGCACGCGCGCGCGGGGAAACCCCUCCGUGCGAAAUCCUCUCUCGGAGCGUCCAAUCGGACGUUCGCAUCGUCAACGAAGCCAAAGUGAGGUCCUCGAAGACCCCCGCGAGGCACGUGUUCUUCUUCAACCGGCGAACCUGAAGACAUGUACUCGACAUUCAUCUUCCAUACGGGGAAGCUCCGAAGCGAGGUCGCAAGGGGAUGAAGGAUGAUUGAUCCCGCCGCUCUCGCGAUCUUAUUAAAAAAUUCUCUCGCAAAACUCGCGCUUGCGUCUCGGCGGCGCUAUUUUUCGACGGGGAGGUCUUGCCGGGGAACUUCCACUGCUAAAACCAACGUCCGAAGGUUUCGCCGCGCGGGACAAUAUUUCAAGCUGCGCUUGAACGAUGCAGGAUGUCAAGUUGGGCGCACCAAAAUCACCGCUGGUCCGAUCGCCUUCAGUCUCGCGGAAUUUUCGCCAACGGAAAACUAUUAUAAAACGAUGAAAGUAUGUUGACGACAGCUGUUCCCCUAGCCAAGACCCAUCCGACACGCGACAAACUUUGCUCGCGACGCGGUGUGUAUCGCGAGAGGAAAGAUAUACGCGACGCAAAUCGAGGGGGGAAGGAGCGUAGUCCACUGGGCAUCAUCUAAAUGUAUCUGUGAUUGCUUAUGAACGUCCUAGUCUCUUCAUUAUUGUGGUGUCAUGGAUAGAUUCUUAGAGAUACACACACACACACACACACUCAAUGUAUAUAGACAGAGCGAUACGCGAUACCUUAGGUACAUUAGGCAAUUGUGUGAUUCGGGGUCCGCCUUCUUCAGUUACACUCCCUCAACGCGGUCGUGAGACCAAAACGAAAGAGAGAGAGAGAGAGAGAGAGAGAGAAGGAGAGAGAAAGAGUACGUAACGAGAAGGGAGGGAUCCGCAUAGUUCCUUCGUUUAGGUCGAGCUAUAGGUGCACUUACUAACAUAUACACAUGAUAACGAUCGGGAACGCGCAGUUCUGCCGCACUUCGAGUCCUUUGUGGAAACGACGAAAGUGGCGUUCUCGCACGAGCUUCUCUCAUCUGGGGACUCAAUCUUCUCGAGACAAGAUAGUAUAUAUAUACAUAUACGAUUGAAUUACAUAUAUAUUUUCUAUGCGAGAUUUUGAGCGCUGCACGAAACCUCCCCUCCUCCUAGCCCCGCGUGGAUUUGACGGACCGCGAGGAAGUUUCACUUGGAACGAAGGGACGACCAGCGAGAGACAAGAAAGAAAAGGGGACGAGUCUUCGGGGUCUUCGGCGAAUCACUUGACGAUCAUUUGAUCUGCGAAAUACAACGACGACGAGGGGGGUGCGUGGGAAGCAGUUCUCCCGAAUUCGUCAGAACGCGGCCGUUUUGUACGUUUUCCCUGUUGAUGUUCUUCGUGAUCGUUUCCGAUGCAUUCGAAUUUGCAUGAUUACAAGCAAAGCCGACUUUGAUCGCCAUUGUUCGUCUCGAACCUUCACUCGCCGUGACGAAAGGAGGAAAGAAGGCCCGAGCGGUUUUUCGGCAUCAACACCUACCGAGAAAUAUCGCGACGCAGAGGGGACUAAUGGUAUAUUCGAGGACAUUCCGGAAGGACCGCAAGCUUCGGGCACUGAGACGACGAGAGGACGACUCGCAACGUCAAGAACAAUCAAAACACUCAGUUAAUCCAACUCGGAAUCGACCAAACUCGAGAGCAGGGUUUUUCAAACCGUUUCAAGCUGCGCGAUUUUUUAGGGCACGUGGAUAUUGGCGUGCCGCGCGGCGUGAAGAUACGUCUUCUGCUUAGAAAAAUCGCCGGCAGUAGAGCGAUUCGCGAAUGUUACGUAACGAAGCAUAACGUAAAAAUUAUUCAUAUCAGGCUGCGCGUCGUGACGCGCGGAGCUUUCGAUCGUGAUGUGAAAAAGAGAGAGAGAAAAGGGACACCGGGACGCGGAGCUUCUUCGAGCGUGAAUUCCGACGACUGACGUCGGCGUGUGUUUGCGUCGUUUGCGGUGGACCGAUCGAAAUUGCCGCGCAACCUCUUUUUUCGGAGAUUAUAACCAGGUUUGGGAAGUAACACAUUACUUGCAACGAAGUUACAGUUACAGUUC